UGAAUUCAAUCAUCAAUUAAACUGCAUAAUUAAUUAGGCCUAACCUUAGCUUGUUGACAUGGCUUCCAAAAAUCAGGCCUCUAUUACCCUUUUCUUAUCACUUAAUCUCCUCUUCUUUGCUCUUGUAAGUGCAGACUGUUCAACUGAUAUUUUGAAAUUUGGGGCAUGUGCUAAUAUACUUACUGAUUUGGUGGGUGUAAUUAUCGGGACUACUCCAACUUCGUCAUGCUGCAGUUUGAUUGACGGACUGGUGGAUCUAGAGGCCGCGGUUUGCUUGUGCACAGCCCUAAAAGCAGAUGUGCUGGGAAUUAAUUUGGAUAUACCACUCUCUCUAAACAUCCUUCUCAAUGUCUGUGGAAAAAAAUAUCCUACUGGUUACACUUGUUAAUUGAAAAAUUAUUAUUUGCUUGUGAACGAUCGAUCGACCUCUUGUUCAGAAUAAGUAAGCUUUGCAUACAUAUAUAAAUGCAGCUUCAUCACUUCACUUUACUUUAUUUACUAAUUCUGUCAUGUUUAUGUAUCUUAAUCUUUUUGGACAUGUCAAUUCAAUAAAUGAAAUGUUGUUUCUAUUCA